GAGAGAGCGCGCGCGAGAGAGCGAGAGAGAGAGAGCGCGCGCGAGAGAGCGAGAGAGAGAGAGCGCGCGCGAGAGAGCGAGCGCGAGAGAGAGAGAGCGCAUGCGAGAGAGCACGAGAGAGAGAGCGCGCGCGAGAGAGAGAGAGCGAGAGAGAGAGAGCGAGAGAGAGAGAGCGAGAGAGAGAGCGAGAGAGAGAGCGAGAGAGAGAGCGAGAGAGAGAGCGCGCGCGAGAGAGCGAGAGAGAGCGCGAGAGAGCGCGAGAGAGCGCGAGAGAGCGCGAGAGAGCGCGAGAGAGCGCGAGAGAGCGCGAGAGAGCGCGAGAGAGCGAGAGAGAGCGAGAGAGAGCGAGAGAGAGCGAGAGAGAGCGAGAGAGAGCGAGAGAGAGCGAGAGAGAGCGAGAGAGAGCGCGAGAGAGAGAGCGCGCGCGAGAGAGCGAGAGAGAGAGCGCGCGCGAGAGAGCGAGAGAGCGAGAGAGAGAGCGCGCGCGAGAGAGCGAGAGAGCGCGCGCGAGAGAGCGAGAGAGCGAGAGAGAGAGCGCGCGCGAGAGAGCGAGAGAGCGAGAGAGAGAGCGCGCGCGAGAGAGCGAGAGAGCGCGCGAGAGAGCGAGAGAGAGCGCGAGAGAGAGAGCGCGCGCGAGAGAGCGCGAGAGAGAGAGCGCGCGCGAGAGAGAGAGCGCGCGAGAGAGAGCGCGAGAGAGAGCGCGAGAGAGAGCGCGAGAGAGAGCGCGAGAGAGAGCGCGAGAGAGAGCGAGAGAGAGAGCGAGAGAGAGAGCGAGAGAGCGCGAGAGAGAGCGAGAGAGAGAGCGAGAGAGAGCGAGAGAGCGCGAGAGAGCGCGAGAGAUUUCCAUCCUGUCUGUCCAAUACAAUGUUUGUGGCAGUCGUUGCAUGGUACAUUGAAUAUAUGACCAAGGGGGAGUUCCAAACCUCAGAGUACAUGAAAGCAACCCACAAUGACCAAAUCCUCGACUACUCACCAUAA